AUGUCUAAACCAGUGGGUAUCAUCGGCUCCGCAUGCCGCUUCCCUGGAGGAGCCGACUCACCAUCCAAGUUGUGGGAAUUGCUGAAGGAGCCCAGGGAUAUUGUCAGCGAGUUUACUCCCGACAGACUGAACCUGUGGAGCUUCUACCAUCAGAAUGGGGAGCAUCACGGUAGUACGGACGUCCAGAACAAGAGCUAUCUUCUUUCCCAAGACAUCCGUCUGUUCGACGCAUCCUUUUUCCGCAUAAGCCCUGCAGAAGCAGAAGCCAUGGACCCACAACAGCGCAUACUUUUGGAAACUGUGUAUGAAGCCUUGGAGUCUGCUGGCUGCCCCCUUGAGCAACUUCGAGGAUCUCUGACGUCAGUUUAUGCUGGGCUGAUGAACGGUGACUAUGCUGAUAUUCAAGCGCGUGACCUCGAGACGAUACACACCCAUCACGGAACUGGCACGCAUCGAAGCAUCUUGUCAAACCGCAUAUCAUAUUUCUUGGACAUUAAAGGUGCCUCCAUGACUAUAGACACAGCCUGUUCAAGCUCUCUGGUGGCCUUGCACCAAGCAGUACAAAGCCUACGUUUAGGCCAGAGUGACAUGGCAAUUGUUGCGGGAGCCAACCUCUUGCUGGAUCCAACCAUGUACGUCGCUGAAUCAAAGCUACACAUGCUGUCACCAGACUCCCGCUCUCGCAUGUGGGAUGCAUCGGCCAAUGGUUAUGCCCGUGGAGAAGGAUUUGCAGCUGUCGUAUUGAAGCCCCUAGAGACAGCCAUGCGCGAUGGGAAUCAGGUCGAGUGCGUCGUUAGAGGCAUAGCUGUGAACUCGGACGGCCGAACCCCAGGCAUCACAGUACCAAGCGCUUCGGCACAGACGGAGUUGAUCAGAGAGGCAUAUAAGGACGCUGGCCUGGACCCUCUGGUUGACCGCUGUCAAUUCUUCGAGGCACACGGCACCGGUACUCGAGCCGGAGACCCAGUUGAAGCAAGGGCCAUACGGGAUGCCUUCUUCCCAGAAGGCAGCGAGGAUCAAACUGCCCCAGGCAAGCUACUGGUGGGCUCUAUCAAGACAGUAAUCGGGCAUCUUGAGGGCUGUGCCGGUCUGGCUGGUGUGUUGAAGGCAUCUCUUGCCAUGCAGAACAAGACAAUCCCACCUAAUAUGCACUUCUCCAAGUUAAACCCCGCUAUUGUACCAUUAUAUGAUCGUCUAGAGGUUCCUACUAGACCCUCCGCAUGGCCCACAGUCCCAGUGGGAUCCCCCCUCCGCGCCAGCGUCAACAGCUUCGGGUUUGGAGGCACUAAUGCUCACGUCAUCCUCGAGACAAUUGAGGCACCCACGAGGAAGCAACAGGACAUGGAGCAGUGUGAGAAUGAGCGGUUUGUAGGACCGCUACUCCUGUCAGCGAAUUCUUGGGACUCUCUCGUGCGUUCAGUCGAAGUUCACGCUGGCUACAUUCGUAAUAACAAUCAAAUUAACCUCGACGAUCUGGCAUGGACUCUGCAGUCUCGACGCACACAUUUUGGGAACAACCGUGCUUUCUUCUCGGGGGCUACACGACAGAAGCUUUUAUCGUAUAUGGAUACCUUUGUCGCUGACAACUCGAGUUCCACCACCGCAUCUUCGUCCUUUAGUGGUGACGGCCCUUCUCAUGCACUCCUUGGGGACGACGGCCCUGCAAUCCUGGGUAUAUUUACUGGCCAGGGUGCCCAGUGGCCAUCAAUGGGUCGCAAUCUGAUUCUUCAUAACCCCCUGUUCCGGGAAUCAAUCACCCGCUGUGAGGCGUCACUGGCGGCGCUGGGAGCGGAUGCACCAUCGUGGUCUCUGACCCAGGAGCUUCUCUCUGAGGGAAACAACUCCCGUGUCAGCGAAGCAGCUAUAUCGCAGCCUCUCUGCACGGCGGUCCAAAUUGGUCUUGUCGACAUUCUGCGUGCCAGUGGCAUCGUGUUCCGUGGCGUUAUAGGCCAUUCGUCGGGCGAGAUUGCGGCUGUGUAUGCAGCCGGCAUCGUAUCAGCCCAUGACGCCAUCCGAAUCGCGUAUUACCGUGGCUUCCACGCGAAACUAGCUAAAGGAUCGGGGGGUCACCGUGGUGCCAUGUUAGCUGCAGGGAUGUCGCACGAGAGUGCUAACGAGCUAUGUGGAAGGCCAGACUAUACAGGUCGUGUUAGUGUUGCUGCUGCGAAUGCCCCCACCAGUGUUACUUUGUCCGGUGAUGUGGGUGCUAUCGAUGAGCUCAAAGCGCAUCUUGAUAGUGAAAGGAUAUUUGCUAGGAAGCUGAAUGUCGACACAGCAUACCACUCGCACCACAUGGAGCCUUGUUCAGCUGCUUAUCUCGCAUCACUAAAAGCAUGCGAUAUCCAGAUACAACAGCCUAACGAGAACUGUGUGUGGGUGUCGAGCGUGCGGGGAGAUGCAGACCUCGUCCUAGAUAAUGAGGAUGAAAGCGGUCUAGGCAUUCUGAAGGAUCAAUAUUGGGUUGAGAAUCUUCUCAGUCCAGUUCUGUUUGCACCAGCGGUGGAGUCCUCCCUCUGGAGGGCUGGUCCUUUCGACAUUGUGACGGAGGUCGGGCCUCACCCUGCACUUAAAGGUCCCAGCACGCAGAUAUUCAAGGCCUCAUUGGGCCGUUCGAUCCCAUAUUUCAGCAUCAUGCGCCGUGGAGACGACGAGGUUGAGGCUUUCUCGGGAGGCCUGGGCUAUCUCUGGGAGCACUUUGGGCCUGCCGCCGCAAUUGACUUCGAUGGCUAUCGUCGGGCCUUUGAUCAAAAAGACAAUGCGAAAUACCCACAGCUGGUUAAGGGAUUGCCCCCAUACUGUUGGGAUCACAGCAAGGUACAUUGGAAGGAGUCGCGUAUUUCACACAACUUCCGGCUCCGCGACCGACACGUUCAUGAACUGCUAGGCCGCAGAGCAACCGAUGACACGCCCGAGCUCCUACGAUGGCGCAACAUUCUUCGACCAUCUGAAAUCCCUUGGGUUAGGAACCAUGUUUUUCAAGGGCAGAUUGUCCUUCCUGGCGCUGCCUAUAUCGCCGCCAUCACCGAGGCGGUCCAAGGACUCGCAGACGGUAAACCCAUUAAGCUGGUCGAGCUGGUGGAUUUCAAGAUACCCAAGGCGGUUGUUCUGCACGAGAACAAAUCAACAGAGCUCAUAACAACUGUUCGUCUUGUCCAAAAGAGCAACACAUUCAUAUCUGCCGACUUCGUGUUCUCGGCAGCCUCGGCAGAUGAUGCAGCCAGCAUACUCGAGCGGACAUGCAGCGGGACUGUUCAGGUUCAUAUUGAAGAAGCUUGUUCCAGCCAGUCACCACUGCCAUUGCCUAGUCCACCGCCGCCAAACCUAAACGAUGUGAACAUCGAGGCGUUCUAUACAAGACUUAGGGAGCUGGGUAUUGACUACCAGGGUUCAUUCCGAGCUACCAAGCUCGCCCAACGGACUAUGGGCUAUGCUUCUACCCAAGCAUCCUGGGAAGCGGCAGAGCUUGGUAAUACAUACACACUGCACCCUGCAAUAUUAGAUGUUGCAUUCCAUGCUGUCUUCGCGGCGUUUGCAUCCCCGUUGACCGGCCAGAUGUGGGCCAUGUACCUUCCAGUGGGCAUCCGACGAGCAACCAUUCAUCUGGACAGCUUACCACUCCGCGGGGAUGCUGAAGUCCAUGCCACCAUCUCCGCCCAAGUAACAUUUUCGUCGGCAACGAAGCUUGAUGGGGAUAUACAGAUCAUGUUUGGCUCUUCCGUAGGCGUGCAGAUUGAGGGUGUGCAGCUACAAGCGACUGGGGACCCCAUGGCUAGUAGGGACAGAGUGCUGUUCUCCAAUACCCGCUGGGACAGUGAUAUUUCCACAGGGAUUGACAAGGUCGUGCUGGAACAGUCACCCGAUCGUGCAGCAGAUGAGGAGCUAGUAGAGGCCAUGGGCCGUACGGCCCUCUACUACUACCGCGCACUCCUAAGUGAGAUCUCACCCCAGGAGAUUCAGAGCUUGUCCUGGCAUCAGCAGAUGUACUGGCAAUCAGCGCAACACUGGGUCAAUGAAGCUGGCUCUGGGCGACAUCCGACGAUUAAAAGCGAGUGGCUAGAAGACUCGCGCGAUGCUGUGUGGAGUCAAGCAGAGAACUGUCAAGAGACCAUCGACAUUUGCCUCAUGCGUGCCCUAGGCGAAAAUCUGCCAUCGAUCGCGCGCGGUCAGACACAGCCCCUGGAGGUGAUGAUGGAGAACGACAUGCUAAGCCGUUUCUACACCGAGGCAUAUGGACUAGAUGGCAUGAAUGAUCACAUUGCGCGCGCAGUCAGCCAGGUCACCCAUCGCUAUCCGCAAGCCAACAUACUCGAAAUCGGUGCGGGUGUCGGGGGAACUACCCGGAAAGUGCUACGCGCAGUGCAGAACUCUUUCAAGCAUUAUACCUUUACCGACAUUUCCUCGGGAUUUUUCGAAAAGGGAGCUGAAAAAUUCUCAAAUUACCGCCACAAAAUGACUUUCAAAGUUUGUGACAUUGAGAAGGAUCCUGUUGACCAGGGUUUCGAUGAGGGCGCUUACGAUGUGAUCGUUGCUGCCAACGUUCUGCACGCCACACGUUGUCUCGCCGACACCAUGCGCAAUGUCCGGCGUCUCUUGAAGCCAGGUGGGUUUCUAGUCUUGAUGGAAAUCACAGGCGACCUCUUGCGUCUCGGCUUUAUCAUGGGCACACUACCGGGAUGGUGGCUUGGCCCACAAGUGGGAGACGAGGGCCGCCAGUGGGCUCCUGGCAUCUCCCCGGUACAAUGGGAUGACCUCCUGCUGCGGACCGGCUUCUCUGGCGUGGACCAAUUUGUCCCUGACCAUGAAGAGUCGCAUAAGCACUAUUUGUCAACGCUCGUGAGCCAGGCUGUUGAUGCCCAAUUUGACGUACUGCGCAGUCCUCUAUCCGAUCUAAAGCUGGUCCCAGCAUUACCCCAUAAGCUGCUCAUAUUGGGUGGGCAGACGCUUACUGUGGCUAGACUGGUCAGAGGUUUGAAGCGGAUGCUUGCCGCUUGGGAUGCCACAAUCGAGACAGUCCCCAGUCUUGAUCUACUCACCCUCGGCCCAGAUGAGCGAGUGUCUAUCAUCAGUUUAAUCGAGUUGGACCAGCCACUGUUUGCUAGCGAUCUGACGGCAGUGAGGCUGGAAAGACUUCAGGCAAUUUUGGAUGUUUCGGAAACCGUUCUCUGGGCUACAACUGGAUGCCGGGGCUCCAACCCAAUAUCGAACAUGUUUGUUGGUAUAGCUCGGGCCUUGCGUACCGAACGGAGCGAUAUCAACUUGCAGCUCCUGGAUAUUGCAAAGCCAUCAGCCGCGAACACUGUAGUGCUGGCGGAAGGCUUUCUGCGGUUGGCUUUAAUGAAACAGGAACACUAUGUUGAUAAAGACAUGCUGUGGUCGACAGAGGCAGAGCUCGCUCUGGAUAGAGAGACCUUGCUGAUUCCUCGUCUCAUCCCUGAUAAAGCACGCAAUGAGAGAUACAAUGCAUCGCGACGUGCAAUCAAUAAGCAUGUCACCCUGGCAAGCGCGGAAGUCGAAGUCAAUAUCAAUGGUGAUAUGGUGUCCAUUCUUGGGGUAGACUCUGGCAUUUUUCGCCGCCAAUGGAUGUCUCAUAGCAUUGAGCAAAUCGCGCUAAAGGUACAUUUAUCAAUGGCUCUGACCCAAUCAGAUCCAAUGUACUUCUUAUGCUAUGGUGUUAUUGAUCCUGAGUGCGGAAAUGCCUUCGCUAUAUCGUCGGAAAACAAGUCUAUCAUUCUGUGCACUCCACAAGACAGCCUUCGGGUAGAUUCUAAACCCAUAGAAGGGAAAGAAGCGUUAGUGCUUGAAGCUAUCGCUAGUCAGAUCAUCUGUCGAAGCCUCGCAGUUAGCAUUCCUCAAUGGGGCGGAGUGUUAGUAUACGAGCCACCGUCUGAGAGCUUUGCCAAAGCGAUUGAAUGUAGCAGUCUGUGGAAAGGUCGCAAAGUUUACUAUGCAACAAGCGGGGCACAUGCAACGUUGCAUUCAAACUGGAUCUAUAUCAGCCCUCACGCGCUAAGUUCCUCAAUUAGGAGGGCGUUGCCGCGUGACAUAACGGUCUUGGUAGACUGCUCUAGGCCGGAAUCCCGAGAUAUCCGGGGCCUUGUUCCCCGUGGGUGCGUCAUCAGACACUUCAAGCCCUCUCUCCUCGAGAUAGACAAUAGGGAACUCCAAAGCGCAUAUGCAGAUGCCCUUGUCGCUGUGAGCAAGGGAAAGCAAACCGAGUUGGUAAUCCAUCCACUUCGAUCGCUUGCAGGAAUCCCUUCAUCUACUUUGGCAUACCCUGCGUUGGUCGACUGGCGUCAGCAGCAGGAUGAGCCAUUGACAGUCCAGCUCAAGCCAUUUAUACCGACAGGAAUCUUCUCUUCAUGUAAGACGCAUCUAAUGGUGGGCUUGAAUGGCGAUCUGGGUCAAUCCAUCUGCGGCUAUAUGGUUCGGAACGGAGCUCGACACAUCGCCAUUUCCAGCCGACGUGGUGAGGUGGACCCGGCCUGGCUCGAUAUGAUACGACAAGACUAUCAAGCUGAUAUUCGUCUUUACAAGAUGGAUGUAACAAGCCGACGAUCAAUCCGACGGACCCUUGACCAGAUCAAAACCGAGAUGCCCCCAAUUGGGGGAGUGGCCAAUGGAGCAAUGGUCCUUCACGACAAGAUGUUUUUGAAUAUGGACGUUAACUCUUUGAAUGAUACAUUGAAGCCAAAAGUAGAGGGGUCACGAUAUCUGGAUGAAGAGUUCUCAACUCCCGAGCUCGAAUAUUUCAUCCUAUUUUCCUCUGUAGCUACCGUUGGAAAUAACCGUGGUCAAGGCAACUAUCAUGCAGCCAACUUGUUCGGGGCCAGCCUCGUUUCCAACCGCAGGGCUAGGGGAAUGGCAGGCUCGGUGAUCCACGUGGGCGUUAUAGCUGAUGCAGGCUACAUCACAAGACAAGACGAGAGGCUGGUAGAGCACCUCCGCAAGCAAGGCUUUAUGCCAGCAUCUGAGACAGACGCCCACUUCCUAUUUGCAGAGGGAGUGCUUGCAAGCCCUGUCGACUCACAGAUGGAUGCCGAUAUUUGCAUGGGGUUCGAGCCCUUCCUGGACAGUCCUGAUGCACCGCUCAGGCCACCUUGGUACAGCGACUCGCGGCUCUCGCAUUUCAUCAUGUACCCCGAAAAAGACCGAGUUGACUUGCGACAAGGGGCCAACAAUGGGCUGCAUAUCAGACAGAAGCUGGAUGAAGUACAGUCGGUGCAAGAAGCCCAUUCUCUCUUGCAAGAGGCCUUUUCCGCAAAGCUUGAGUCCAUGAUGCAGUUAGAUUCUGGGAGCGUAAACGUCCAUGUUCCUCUUCUUGACCUGGGCUUUGACUCCCUUCUUGCUGUGGAGACACGCACCUGGUUCUUGAAGGAGAUCCAUCUUGACGUACCAGUACUGCGCUUUCUUGGCGGAGACACAAUCAGUGAGAUUUGUAUGGACACAGCAACUCAGUAUCUUGCGAUACAAGCGGAACGCAGCCCGGAGAAGGCAAAGGUUGCAACAAAUGCAACUAACACUGGCGCUAUUAACGGUACCACUACAAGUAAAGACGACCGGUCCCAGACAACAUCGCCAGUACCAACAAGCGAAAGCGGCGAGCCAUCUUCAAGUCCACGGACAUCAACCUCUCUGGACGUGCAGAAUGUUCCAGACAGUCCGAGCACGCCUUUAAGUAGGGCCUGGACGCCAGCAAGUGUAUUGGAAGUAGAAGAGAAGACUGGCUCGUCAAAGUUUGCUUCUGACAAAUCAAAGGCGGAAGUAUUUUCAGGUACUCCACCCCAGGAACGUGUGGUGAGGAAUACCUCCAGAGUCGAAUCCAUGUCUUACGCUCAAUCUAGGCUCUGGUUCCUGGGGCAAUAUAUAGAUGACCCAACCACUUGCAAUAUCGUUGUCUCGUACGCCAUUAGGGGACCCCUAGAUGUAGGGAGAUUCCGCGAAGCACUCAACACGGUCAUUGCCCACCAUGCCAGUCUCCGAACUUGCUUCUAUGCCGACGAAGAGACGGGUGAGCCUACGCAGGGUCUUUUGCGCAGCCCCUUCAAUUCAUCCCCGCUCAGGUAUCUCCACGCAUCGAGCUGUGAGGAUGUGCAACUUGAGUUUGACGCUUUGCGAUAUCACACAUGGGACCUGGCCUACGGAGACACAUUUGCCUCCACGCUACUGUCCACUGAGACCGAAAAUGAAUUUGUCAUUAUUUUUGGAUAUCACCAUAUUGUCAUCGACGGCGUGAGCUGGUACACAAUUUUGCGAGAUCUUGAGCGAGCCUACAUCUUGCAACCAUUAAGUCGGCAACUGAAGCAGUGUCUGGAUGUGUCGGUCGAGCAGCGAAGGGCAGUAGAGUCUGGGGCCAUGGAUGAUGAGAUAGCUUUCUGGGGAACAGUGCACGCCACACUGCCUGACGUGUUGCCCCUGCUCCCCAUUUCAUCUGCUCGACGCCGGCAGCCCCUUCGCCAGUAUGAAAGCCAUACAAUCAAAAGGGAUAUUGGAAGGGACCUUGUGACCAAGAUCAAGGAUGCAAGCAGGGCUUUGCGGGUAACGCCGUUCAAUCUGUAUCUCGCGACCGUACAGGUGCUUUUUGCCAAGAUGAUGGGAAUCGAGGAGCUAUGCAUCGGGGUAACGGAUGCCAGUCGCACUGAUGACAACGUUGCAGAGACUGUUGGAUUCUUCCUAAAUAUGCUUCCGCUACGCUUCAAGAUUGACCGCCAGAGACCAUUCACAGACCUAGUCCAACGAACGUCCAGACACGUCCUCGAGGGUCGGAGCAACGGCCGCGUCCCAAUAGAUGUGAUCCUCGACCAUCUUAAUGUGCCGCGGGAUGCGUCCUUCAGCCCAUUAUUUCAGGUCACAUUCAAUUAUCGCGUAGGUGCCAUGGCAGAGACGAGCUUAGGGAAAGACUGUCGUCUGUCCGUCGAGGCCAUCCGUGACGCGGAGAGCCCGUUCGAUCUCGGCUUUGGCAUCUACGAGACGGCAGAGGGGUCGUGCGACGUACAGGUCAUGGCACAGAGCUACCUGUAUGACAGGGAUGCAGCCGAACUUAUAAUGACGUCUUAUGUUCAGCUACUGGAUCUCCUAUCCUUUGACACGUCGCAGAAGCUAGACCGGUACAGUCUUUUCGAUGCAACCGCCAUAGAGAAGGGAAUCUAUGUCGGCAAGGGACAGCGCAAGUCAUACGAUUGGCCUGAUACACUUUCAAAAAGAGUGGAUGGUAUCAUCAAGAGCCACGGGGAUAGUGUCGCCAUCAUUGACUCCAAUGGAGCUCUCACAUAUGCAGAGCUUGAAGACAAGAUUCGCAUCAUCAUCUCAAUGUUAGCAAUAUUACGGCUCGGUCAUGUAUACGUGCCGCUCGACACAAACCUUCCUAAAGAACGCCAUUCUGCAAUCCUUGCUGACUGCAAGCCCUCUAUGCUCCUGUGCCAUCAAGAUACUGUGGACUCGGCGUUGUCGCUGCGCAGGGACAUCUCCAUCGUCAAUCUUUCCAUCCUCUCGAAUGGAGACCAGGCCACAGGCACCGGUGCUGGGGAUGAUCUUUCCGAUCCAACUAACCCAGCCUUCCUCUUCUACACUAGCGGUUCGACCGGAAGACCCAAGGGUAUUCAGCUGAACCAAUUCGGGUUCCUGAACCACCUCGCCGUAAAGACGGACGAGCUCUCGCUGCACGGUGAAACGGUGUUGCAGCAGAGCUCUUUCGGCUUCGACAUGUCCCUAACACAGACAUUCUGUGCUCUCGCUAAUGGCGGCUCACUACUAAUCGUGCCGGCGGCCUCUCGCGGCGACCCCAUAGCGCUCUCCAAGCUAAUGCUCAAACAGUGCGUAACAUUCACCAUCGCCACCCCAUCGGAAUACGCCAUGUUGCUGCGGUAUGGAUAUGACUGGCUAUGUAAAUGCGCACACUGGACGCAUGCAUGCACGGGCGGCGAGGAGGUUUCGCAGCAGCUCGUACGGGCGUUCAUCAAUCUGGGGAAUCCCAACAUGCAGUUAACGAACUGCUACGGGCCGACUGAGACAUCCCUUGCCGUGACAUUUGACAAGAUCUCGAUAAAUACCGCCAGCAGGUUCACAGAGCACGCGUCAGUUGGCAGGGUCCUACCCAACUACUCGGUCUACAUCCUGGAUGAGAACUCUUCGGAACCUGUACCACUAGGCUAUCCGGGUGAGAUCUGCGUAGGUGGCGCUGGCGUCGCACUAGGCUAUCUGAACCUUCCCAAUCUUUCUACUGCAAAGUUCGUGCUUGAUCCCUUCGCGGAUGCAGAUGAUGUGGCUCGAGGGUGGACGCGCAUGUUCAAGACGGGCGACCGAGGAAGGUUACAAGCCGACGGAACCCUAGUCUUCAUGGGACGGAAAGAAAACGAUAACAUGGUCAAGCUGCGUGGUUUACGGAUCGACUUAGAUGACGUAGCGAAUACCAUUGUCCAGACGGCCAGUGAUAUCGUUGCUGAGGCUAUUGUUACGGUUCGUGGAGAGGACGAGGCACGGAUGCUGGUUGCGCAUGUUGUGCUACAUUCAGAACAUAACAAGACACUCGCUGCAGCUGAACUGCAGAGUCUUGGACAUCGCUUGCCUCUUCCUGUAUACAUGCACCCCUCGCUUGUUGUCGCGGUAGAACGUUUGCCGCAGACGCCAAACGGAAAGGUCGAUCGCAGAGCGAUCGAGAGCAUGGAUCUUCCAAGAUGGGAGCGGUCAGAUCAAGGGAAUAACCGGAAGCUUUCGUUAGAGGAAGGGGAGCUGAGUUUAUUAUGGGAGGAGGUGCUUGGUCAAUCCUUGGCAGUAUCCCGAGCCAGCCUAACGUCCGAUUCCGAUUUCUUUUUGGUUGGUGGGAGUUCUCUCUUGUUGAUGCAGCUACAAGGGGCCAUUAGGGAAACUCUGGGGCUAGCAGUCCCUAUCACAGAGCUGUACCAAGACUGCACAUUGGGCCGCAUGGCGACACGCCUCCAUUCCGAGAAACGGCAGCAAGGCCCAACCGAUGAGGUUGAUUGGGACAUGGAAACCGAGGUCCAGACGUCGUUGUCAAGUAGCCAAACGAGCCACCCUAGUUCUAUUCAAGAUACCAACAUCGAGGUUCUGCUGACAGGGGCACAUACCUUCCUCGGUGCCGAGGUUCUGCAAGCAUUGAUCAAAGACAACAAUGUGAAGCGGGUUCAUUGCAUUGCUCUUCCCAAAGCUUCUAGCAAAAGCUUCUCUCGAUCGAGCAAAAUCGCCUACUAUCCCGGUAGUCUCCAGUCUGACUCCCUUGGUUUAUCUUCCGAUGGAAUUUCCUUCCUGCAGUCGCGCAUCGACCUCAUUAUCCACGCCGGAAGUGUUGGGCACUGCCUAAACAAUUACUCUUCCCUGUGCCAGCCAAACCUUGGUUCGCUGCGCUUCCUUGUCGACUUGGCUCUCCCCCGCCACAUACCCGUGCACUUCAUCUCAUCCAACCGCGUGACACUUCUCUCCGGCCAAUACGCAUUCCCGCCCAUCUCAAUGAGCCCAUACCGACCCCCCAGUGACGGAUCCGAGGGCUACACAGCCUCUAAGUGGGCCGGGGAACGACUCCUCGAGAAGGUUGCGCAAACAACAGGGCUCAGCGUGACAAUUCAUAGGCCAUGCGCGGUGAUUGGACACAACGCACCCAGCGAGGACGCCCUCAACGCACUAUUGCGUUUUGCCGUUACACAGAACGCGGUUCCGCGCUUUCGGAAUCUGACUGGCUUCCUCGACUUUGCACCCGUGGCCGAGGUGGCUGCCAAUAUUAGCCGGGUGGCGCUUAAGAAGGCUCACCCUGGUAACUCCAGGGGAUGCAUCCUUAAUGCAGCGUCCAUUGGGGAUUAUCCUGUUACCAUCGUGCACCAUUCCAGUGGUAUUAGGACUCCUGUGUCUCAUUUCCGUACUCGUAUGGAGAAGCUAUACGGACACGACUUUGGUGAGCUGGAUAUUGUGGAAUGGAUCGCUGAAGCUGUGAAGGGAGGCAUGGAUCCCCUGAUUAGCACGUACUUGGAGGCCCUUGUCGAAAAGGAUCAGAUGAUUGGAUUCCCAUAUCUGGGUGAGCCGCUCACUUGA